AUGGAGUUAAUAAAAGGAACAUGCUUUUUUUGUGCGAAUUCAAAAGUAGUGUCUGACUUCGAAUCUGUACAUAGUACAAUUAUUACAUUAUUUUCAGGGAAAAUAAAAGAAGAUAAGCUUAUAAAUUUGAAACCUCCAAAAGUUUGUCCACUAUGUUACCAUAGUUUUGUUUUAAUGAAAAGAACUCACGAUGAUAUUCUGCAUUCAAGUUCGGCCGAAAAAGUGCAUGAGAAUUGUCAUUUGUGUGGAAAUUCAGAAGAUGUUAUAAAUGUUUCAAAAUGGGCUCAUUUUAAGGCAAUAAUUGGCAAAGAUUUUCCUUGUUCAAAUGAUGAAAUUAUAUCAAAUGUAUGUUCUGAUUGCCUGUAUUAUCUAGAGACGAAAAGUACAGUCAAGGAAAAGUUAAUAUCAGAAUAUCCUAUUUUGAAGCAAGAAUCAAUCAUUUCCCAGUUUGAAGUAUUGGGGAAUUCAACACCUACAAGAAGAACUAGAACAAAAGCAGAGAGAAAGUCCCCUAUUGAUAUUGUAGAUUUGACAGUUGUAGAACCAGUUCCAACAGACAGUAUGAAAUUUAAACCUUUAAAAACCGAUAAACAUUUAAGGAGAUCCAAGACAGUUAACACUGAUCCAAAGCUGCUUAAUCAAGUACUUAUAAUCAAGCUACCAAAUCAGUCAUUAGAAGAUGUCCCUAAGUUAGUAAGAAAAUCAAUUACACCUAAAAGGGUUAGGUUUCGGGAUGAACACGAGCAUAUUAUAGAUAAAUACAAUUCUCCUUCACUAUAUACAGACAAAGAAAAUGCAUAUAAAGAAACUGAAGAAUUGGUUGAAUAUGAGAUAAAAACAACUUCGAGAAGAUCUAGGUACAGAGGCAUGGAUGACUCAGAAAGUAGCCCUGAUUCCUUAGAUCCCCGAAAAAAAUCUUUCUUUAAGAUAAAGUUAAUGAAAAAGAAACCGAAACCUAUUAUAGCCAAACCUUUCAAACCUGUGACUAAAGAACCCGUUGAAAAAUAUAACGAGGCCAUUGAAAAGCAAAAGAACACCAUUGGAAAACGAAAAAUAAACGCACAAAAAUAUAAGGAAAACAUGCAGGACCUCGUAAAUAGAGUUUGUAAAUAUAAUUUAGUCGUGAAUUUAGAGAGAAUGAAUUAUUCAGAAAUAAAUAGCAUAACUCCAAGUUUAUCUAUAGACGAAUUAGAUCCCCUUAGAAUAGAUAGUUGGGAAGAAAACAUUAAUACCGAAGUAAAUUAUGAGUCUAACAAACAAUCGUUAAAGACUAAAACCAGUAUUUCUAAGACACGACCAAAACGAAAUGUAAGAUUUUCAGAAGAGAAAGCAAAAGAAGUUGUAGAAACAAAUGGACGUCUUGGUAGUAAGAACGGCAAAAAAGAUCAGGCUCCAAAGGAAAAAGUCAAAGUAAAUACUAAUAGUAAUAGAAGAGCUAGUACACGAAACUCAAUUAUCACUGUAAGUUCUGAGGACGAUUUUAAAGCCGAGGAUAUUAAAAAACCUAGAGCGUUGAGAAAAAGGCGCAAUACUGUGUCAAUUGAAGAAAGUAAUACAACAGCACCAGUUAAAGCAAAGAAAGGUGUUAAUGGAACCGUUAACAAAAAAUCCGAGAUUCAGGCAAAAGAAAUCAAAAAACCUUUGAGGAAGAGGCGUUCUAGUACCUACAUUAAAGAUGUUAAUACCACAGAAGAAAAUAAUAUAGGUGAAGCUGUUAAUGGAUCUGAAGAAACAGAAUUAAAUAGUGAUACUGUCGGAACCACUACUGCGGAUACUAAUCUUACUGAGGAAAGUAAUAUUAAAGAAGGUAUUAAUGGAUCUGAAGAAAAAGAAUCCGAUGUUGAGAUUCGAGCAGCAGAUUCAAGUGAAACUGAAAAUACCGAAAAAGUGGAUACAACCCAAGAAGAGGACAGUCGAGAAGUCGAAAUUGUGUCUGAUAGUGACGUAGUUGUUAUUGAUGCCGGGGAAAAAGUGGUAGAUGAAAAUUCGGAGAAAUGUGAUGAGAUAAAAGAUGCUAGUUCAGAUAGAGAAGAUAAAAGUGAAAAUGGAAGUUUAAGUAAAGAGGAUGAAAAUGUACAGAAUGAAAGCUUAGAUACAGCAGAUGAAAAAGUAGACGAUAAUGAUUUAGAAAAAGACGAAAUAAAUGAGAUUGAAAGCGCAGCUAAAGGAGAUGAAAAAAUGGACACGGAGACCUUAGACAAAGAAGAUAGUACAGAGAACGAGAAUGUCGAUAAAUGUGACAAACAAAACAGCGUGAACACCGAUGAAGGAGAUCAAAUAAACCUUGAUCUCUCAGAUACAGAUCAAACAACAGAAAAUGAAGUUUCUCGUAAAGAAGAUGAGACAGUAGAAAUGGAAAGUGAAAAAGAAGUUACAGAUCAAGAUGAAAAUAAGACCGAUAAUGAAAUAUCUGAUAAGGAUGACAGUAAAAUAUUGGAUGAAAGUUCAGCUAUAGAAGAGGAUACAGUUGAAGAAAAUAUGACGAAUUGCGAAAAAGAAAAUGACAAUGUUGGAAAUGAAAGCCCAGAACAAGAGCAGAACCAAACAGAGAUGGAAAAUUUCGAUGAAGUAGAAGAUAAAGAAGAUCAAACUGAAAAUGAAAAUCCAGUAAGUGUGGAAGAUAAGGAAGAUAGAACAGAGGAUGAAGAAGUAACAACAGCUGAUGAAGUAAAUACCGCUGAUGAAGAAACUACAGCUGAUGAGGUAUAUACAGCAGAUGACAACUCGCAGCUGGAAGAGAAUACCGAAACAGAGGAAAAAGAUAGCCAGGAUGUAUCAAUAGAGCAAAAUGGCGAGAACACAGAAGAAGACCUAAGCCAAGACAUCGAGGAAAAUGACUUGGAAGAAGCGGAAGAAGAAAACAGUCGAAAUAAAGAAGUAACUGAGCAGCAAGAAAUUGAGGCCAAUGGGGAAAUAGACAAUGGGGAAAUAAACAAUGGAGAAACAGACAAUGGAGAAACAGACAAUGGAGAAACAGACAAUGGAGAAACAGACAAUGGAGAAGCAGACAAUGAAGAAAAUCUGGAUGAAUCGAAAAACGAUGAUCUUGAAUUUAGCAUGUCGGAGGCCGAUAGUAAAAGUAUUGAAGCGACACUCGCCGCAUUUGAGGGAAUGUCAUAUGCAGGUAACGAAGACUCAGAAAUUGUGAAUUUAGAUACAUCGUGCGAGAUGCAGAAUAACGAAGUGGCAGGUGAAAAACGCAAACGGGGUGAUAGUGAAGACAGUCUUUCAGAUGAAAGUAGUCCUGACACGAAGAGAAAGAAAGUAACUUUUAAUGAGGACUUGGACGAAAAUGUUUGA